AUGGGCGGUGAGGAAGGACUCGGAGUGACCACCGGUCAGCCAAAUCUGUGCAAACAAGACUUAUCCAAAUUGGAUGUGAGCAAACUGACUGCAUUGUCUCGUGAAGUAAUCAGUAGACAAGCAACAAUUAAUAUUGGUACUAUUGGACAUGUAGCUCAUGGAAAGUCGACAAUUGUAAAGGCCAUUUCGGGAGUGCAGACUGUUCGUUUUAAGAAUGAAUUGGAGAGGAAUAUUACUAUUAAGCUCGGAUACGCGAACGCAAAGAUUUAUAAGUGCGACAAUGAAAAGUGCCCCCCGCCAGGAUGCUACACGUCCGCUGGAUCCAGCAAGGACGAUUCGUUCCCUUGUUUACGCCCGGCUUGUACAGGCAGAUAUCAAUUAGUCCGUCAUGUGUCCUUCGUCGAUUGCCCCGGUCACGACAUUCUUAUGGCUACCAUGCUGAACGGAGCGGCAGUUAUGGACGCAGCUUUGCUUUUGAUCGCCGCGAACGAGUCGUGCCCACAGCCACAAACGUCGGAGCAUCUGGCAGCGAUUGAAAUUAUGAAGCUGAAACAUAUAAUUAUUUUGCAAAACAAGAUCGACUUGGUAAAAGAGCCGCAAGCGAGAGAGCAGCAUGAACAGAUCUUAAAGUUUAUUCAAGGUACCGUGGCGGAAGGCGCGCCGAUAGUUCCGAUUUCGGCGCAACUGAAACCCAACGCCGACGUGCUGUGUCGGCUACUCGGCGACAAGGAGAAGAUCCCUAUUCCAACGAGAGACUUCACGUCGGAGCCGCGAUUGAUUGUCAUCCGUUCGUUCGACGUAAAUAAACCGGGCUGCGAAGUGGACGACUUGAAGGGUGGUGUCGCUGGCGGCAGUAUUCUGCGAGGAGUACUGAAGGUCGGCAUGGAGAUCGAAGUUCGUCCAGGGUUGGUGUCGAAGGACAGUGAGGGGAAGUUGACCUGCCGCCCCAUUUUCUCGCGUAUCGUGUCCUUGUUUGCUGAACAGAACGAAUUGCAAUUCGCCGUACCGGGUGGCUUAAUAGGUGUUGGGACCAAGAUUGAGCCUACUCUAUGUCGUGCUGAUCGUCUAGUCGGUCAAAUUCUUGGGAGCGUCGGCACGUUACCAGAAAUAUUUAUCGAACUUGAAGUCUCGUAUUAUCUUCUCAAGCGUUUGUUGGGCGUCAGAACUGAAGGCGACAAGAAGGGCGCAAGGGUACCGAAAUUGUCAAAGGGAGAAGUGUUACUAGUGAAUAUUGGAUCCUUGAGCACCGGCGGCAGAGUGCUGGCUACUCGCGCUGAUUUAGCAAAAAUUAGCUUGACCAGUCCGGUAUGUACGGAAGUUAACGAGAAGAUUGCAUUAUCGAGACGUGUGGACAAGCAUUGGCGCCUGAUCGGAUGGGGGCAAAUUUGCGGCGGGCAGACGAUAGAUCCUAUCUUGGAUCGGAAGUAACUCCGUGGCACACUAGAGAUUAGAUUCUCUGAAAUUAAAUCAUUAUUUCUACAACUUCUUCGUAACGCUGUCAUUAGCUUUAUCAGUUGUACGAAAUAUUUGUAAUAAAAUGAAUCUAUCUCUACCGAGAGCAAUUACCAA